AUGUCCUCCUCCAUCCGAGUUAUUCUCUUCCUCUAUUCCCUCUAUUCAUUAGCCUCUGCCACUGGACAUCUCCGUCUCGAACUGACUGCUUCCACCAACUGUAACCUCCGUCUUCUCACUGAUUCCAGUGACGAGACACUCCAGUUGCUUAUCGGAGAGAAACAGAUCACAAGCUUCCAUCCUCGAGGGCUCAUCAGAGACACAAUUCGUAUUGGAUUCUCCAUUCCCAAUGGGAAAAUGGGAAAAGUCUUCCAGUUCUCCAUGAAGAAUUCCGGUCAACCCCAACUUCCAAAUGUUUUCGAGGAUGCCGGAGUCGUUGUGUUGAUUCAAUCGAUCUAUGAGUGUAACCGAGGAUUCCAUGGACUGACUUGUGAAUUCGUUGGGACUUCUACUACUCCAGGUAUUUCUAGUAGCACCACUACAACUACCACAACUACAGUAACCACCACUACCGAGAUGAAGAAGGAUACUCCAUCAUCUACUAUCACUCUUCCAAUCAAGUCAUCCGGAGACUAUGACAACACCAUCAUCAUCAUCCUCGUCGUCCUCAUCGCCACUCUCACCAUCCUCAUCAUCGUCUUCGGAACCCUUCUGAUCACAUCGUCUCGCUCUUCUCAAGAACACAUCAUUUACCCUGGAAUUGCAAUGAAGAAAGUAGAAGACUCAAAGAAGUGCAAGACUCUUUUGGAGGAAGGAAUCUAUGAGGAAGUUGGAGAAGAGGCAAGAUACACUGCUGCUCCAUUCAAGGCUUCGGAUUUGGUAAAUGAUGUGUUCUUGAGAAGAGCGGGACGUUGUGAUCAGAAGGGUUCCGAAGACGAUGAUGAGGAUGGUGAGAGUGGCGAUGAGGAUGAUGAGGAUGAUGAUGAUGGUGCUGAAAACAAAUAG